AUGGCUGAAGAUUAAGAUAUAUGGGAAUGUCUCUUUGACUAUUUAAAUCAGGCACAAGACAAAGCUCAAAAUGAUGAUUCUGAAAUAGUUUCCUAUUCUAAAGGAAUACCUAAUGUUGCAAUCGAUCCAUUAUCUAUUGGAGAAUAAUACCCCAGAGUAGAGAUUGCAACGAGAAUGCUUGAUGGAAUAAUUCCAUCGUCCUAUAAAAUGUAGUCUUAGAAAAUGGUCAAAUUUCAAGAAUUUAGAGAUGAAUUAAUAGACGAGAUAGAUGAAUUUUAUUAAGAAGAUCAACUUGAAGACAUAAGACAAAUAUAUCUCUAAUCCAAUCUAAAGCAAAGGGAUUACGAAUUCACCAAUAUAUUACCAUUUAUGCAAGAUGAAUUAGCAUUAAAUCCGGGAAUUGAGACAGUGCUUUAUACCAAUCAUGAUAUGUUUAGUGGCGAAAUUGAAAGUGUAAGUUCUGCUUAUCUCCACACUGAUUUGAAAUCCUUUAGCACCACCAAUAUCAUCAAUAGAGGUCAACUAAUAAAGGAUAAGAGGGGUCCAGAAAAGGUAGAACUUGGAGAUAAAUUACUUUCAUUAGAGAAAUUAGAGUAAUAGAUCCAAGGCUAGGCAGAUACUAUUUUUGCUUAAAGUCAAUAAAUACAAUAGGAAAGAGAUAUUAGAAGACAGGAGAGAGUAGUUGAAUAUUAAUAAAGAAUUGAAUAUAUAGAUGACAAAUUCGUUAAGGAUUAGAUGCAAUCUAUUUUACACACCUUCCCUAGUCAAAGCGAUCCUAAAUUCAAUACAGUUUGGUCUCUCUUUAUCGAUGAAUAAAAAGAAGAAUAAUAGCCCAUCUAAUAAUAAAAACCAUAGCAAAUUGAGACUCUUGAAGAUUUAGAGUUCCAAGAAAAUGCUAUUGUUUCAGAAUCUGAUAUACAAAUGUUGUCUACACUCACUGAACUCUAACGACAAGCCAGAGAAACUGCUAAAAUCAAUAAUAUCGCUAAUGAUGCUGAUGAUGAAGAAAUCAAGGAGGAAUAGAACACUAUUGUUAAAGCUAAAUAGGUUGUGGAUUUCAAUUAGAUUGAUAAUGAACCCACAUUUAUAGACUAGAUGUAUUAUGCUGAAAAGGCAGAACCAGAAAUUUAAGAAUAGGAUCCUGAAAUUAGAAAAUAGAUACAGGAUGCCUUAUAAGUUAAAUCAAAAUUCAGAAUCAUUAAAGUUUAAGACGUCAUUAAUAAUUCCAGCAAAUUAAUUGAAGAUCGGGAUUAUAAAUUUGCUGUUGAGGAUGAAACAGACAUGUCCAAUUUUUAUGAUCAAUUGCCAAAAGCCAAAAUGGCUAAACAGUUCUAAUUUGAAUUAGAUGAUUUUUAAAAGAGAUCCAUAUUGCAUCUUGAAAAAAAAGAGUCCGUUUUUGUUUGUGCUCACACUUCUGCUGGUAAGACUGUCAUUGCUGAGUAUGCAAUUGCAUUAGCAUUUAAACAUAAUAGAAGAGCAUUAUAUACAUCACCAAUUAAGGCUUUAAGUAAUCAGAAAUUUAGAGAAUUCGACCAGAAGUUUGGUAAUACAGGAGUAGUUACAGGAGAUGUUUCAAUUAAUCCAGGAGCACCGUGUUUGAUUUUAACAACAGAAAUAUUAAGAAAUAUGUUAUAUAGAGGGGCAGAAUUGAUUCGUGAUAUAGAGUGGGUCAUUUUUGAUGAAGUCCAUUACGUAAACGAUUAGGAAAGAGGUAUGGUAUGGGAAGAAACAAUUAUCAUGUUACCACAACAUAUAGGAAUUAUCAUGUUGUCUGCAACAGUUCCAAAUUAUAUGGAUUUUGCUAAUUGGGUUGGAAGAACAAGGAAGUAAAAAGUGUUCGUGAUGAAAACCUUCACCAGACCUGUUCCUUUAGAACACCAUAUAUUUCUCUUUGACAAAUUUCAUACCAUUAAAGAAAGAGAUGGAGACUUUCUGGCUUAAGAAUACAAUGGUCUAAAAAAAAAAAUAAAGGAAAUCGAAGAUGAAAAGAAAGGAUUGAAGGAACGAAUUAAGAAAAAUAUGGAUGAAAAGAAGGAUGAUGAACUUUAUAAGAAUACCAAUAAGUCAAUGAGAUAAAAGUUAACUCAAAAAUAGAUCAAAUCCAAAUUUAUCCAAAAUAUAUCAGCUGCCAAUAUGAAAUAAAAGGAUGAGAAGAGAGCUAUGACUUAGUUGAUUAGAUUGUGUGAGAAAAAGGAUUUGUUGCCUUGUGUCAUCUUCGUGUUCUCAAGAAAAAAAAUAAAUGAAUUGGCUGAAUCUAUUACUAAAUAAAAUAGCUUAAAAUUGAUUGAUCAUAAAACUGAGGCUCGCAUUAUUGGAUUUUUUGAUUAGGCUUUGCUUAAAUUGAAAUCUUAAGAUAGAUAAUCACCACAAUUAAUCAGAUUGAGAGAACUAUUAAGAUUUGGCAUUGCAAUACAUCAUGGACAUCUCUUGCCUAUUGCCAAAGAAAUAGUUGAAAUUCUAUUCUCAGAAGGACUAAUCAAAGUGUUGUUUGCUACAGAAACCUUUGCUAUGGGUAUUAAUAUGCCCACCAAGACUGUUAUUUUCCAUUCCGUUGAGAAGUUUGAUGGAUCCAAUACCAAAAGAAUGUUGCAUUCUAGUGAGUACACUUAAAUGAGUGGCAGAGCUGGAAGAAGAGGAAUCGAUGAAAAAGGAAAUGUGAUCAUUUACAUCAAAGAUGCAUAGAACUUACCUGAUGAAUUAAGAAUGAAGCAAAUGGUUGACUCCAAAGGAUUAUAAUUAGAUAGUAAGUUCAAAAUCACUUAUAGCAUUAUUCUAAAUCUAUUGACUAGUAAAGACAUCGAUGCAACUGAAAUGAUGAAGAGAUCCUUUCAUGAAAAUUAUAGAUUUGUAUAAUUGCCAAAAUAGAUGCUGAGUUUAGAAAGAUUAAAAAAGGAAUAUAUCAAUACUUCUCUGAUUUAAUGUCCUUAUCAAAAAGGAUUGAGAUCAGGAGUAUCCAAGUCAUUGAUUGAAGAAUAUGUGGAAAUCUAAAAGAAUUAUCGAUUCUCUUAGAUUGGCUUCAUUGAAUAAGCCAUUACUUAGAGUAAAACCAAUAUCACUUUCCCCAGAUUUGUUUUAUUUUCUGAUCAUUUUGGUGAAAUAAACUUGGGAGUUGCUCUCUCUUAAGACUACUUAAACGAUGACAUCUAUGAUUAAAACUACGUUCUCAGACCUUCAGAGAUAACAUAAUUUAAUUUUAGUAUUUUAACAAUCCAUUCUGGAAAUGAAGAUGAGAAACAGCAAAGGAGGUAUAAGAAAAUUUACUUACAAUAUUAAACAUAAUUCUUAGAAAAAAAGAAAGAAAAGCAAAGAAACAAUUAACUGAAAUCUAAUAGGGAAUUUUAUUAUAUCAUUAAUAAUGUAACCGAAGAGAGCAUUAUAGACUUUUUGGAUGAUCAAAUUAAGACCUCGAACAAAACUAACUUUUUAAAUAUUGAAGUCUAUUAUGAAGAUUAUGCCACUUAAUUGUUGGAAAAACAAUAACAAUUUUAAGACAUGAAGCAGAUGUUACAAUACAUAUAUACUCCUUAAUAAUAAAACAAUAAUAAAAAACGAUAGGCUGUGCUUACUAAAUUUAAAUAUAAAUUCAAAUCUAAUAAACAAUAAAAUGAUGAGGAAAAUAUUGAAUAGUUCAAAUUCAGAGAAGAAUAAUUGAAUGAAUUGAUUAAUCAAUAAUGUCAAUUUUGUGACUUAAAAGAUAAACAUUUAUAACAAUUGCAACUCAAAGAGAAAUUGAAGAAUGAUAUGCUUGACAUCAAAAAAAAGAUUUAAGGAAAUGAUAAUUAAAGUUAAAGUGAUUUCAAUAAUAAAUUGAAUGCCUUAAAAUUAUUAGGCUAUGUAGACUAAGCAGGAUUACCUCUAAUUAAAGCUAGAAUUGCUCGAGAAUUGAUGGAUUAGAGUUCCAUUUACAUUUGUGAAGUGCUUGUAGAUAAUAUCAUGGAAACUCUAAAACCUAGUGAAAUAGCUGCAUUGAUGGCAGCCUUUGUCUGUCAAGAUAGAAGAAAAUUCGAUGAGGAAUUCGAUGAAAGUAACAUUGAAGUUAUGCUCCAUAAAAAAUUUGAUGAGAUUUCCCUUGAAUUAAGUGGAGCUAUUAUAGCUACAUAUGUCUUGAUCAAAAAGACCAUUGAAGAAGAAAUGAAAAUGGACGCAGUGGAUUCAAAAGACUCAACCGAACAUAUAAAAAACGUUCUCAAUUUUAAUUUAACUCAAGUUAUCUAUUUGUGGGCUUAGGGUUAAUCAUUUGUAGAUGUUUGCUUAUAAACUGAUAUAGAGGAGGGUUCCAUUGUUAGAACAAUCUAGAGAUUAGAGAAUAUGCUUAGAGGUGUAAUUAAUGCAUUUAGAGUUAUGGGAAAUUUGAAAAUGGUAGAUAAGGUUGAAAAAGCUUGUUUAUUAAUUAAAAAAGAUAUCGUCUUUGCUGAAAGUCUAUACUUUGACUCAAAUGCAAAAAUUAAAGAGAAAAAUUGA